AUGCCGAUAUCCAAAGUUAGCACAGUCCAGACAUUCCAGCAACAUCUAAAUUUAUGUCUUCCAACAACUUCAACAGGGUCUAGAAAAUUCAGUAAUAACUCAACGGUAUCUGCAGGAAAUGCACAUGGACCUGUGAAAAUGCUCGUUCUUAGUCAUGGACGAUAUGCCAAAGACAUUGAUGAAUUCCGUACAAAUAAGUCUUUAGAAACAACCUUAUUGUUAUCGAGAAUUAUGGCAGAAGCACCCGCUCUCAGUGUACAAAUAGUUCGUGGUUUAAACGAUAGAGUUUACGAGAAACGUAAAGCAGCUGCAUUAGAAAUAGAAAAAUUAAUUAGAACGCAUUUUGCUUCUAAUAAUGUAGAAAAAAUUAAAAGUAUUAUUGAAAAACUCACUCAAGAUUUUGCUUACUCUGCACAUCAAAAUUCACGUAAUGGAGGUCUAAUAGGUUUAGCAGCAGCCGCAAUCGCUUUAGGGCCUGACGUGGCACCCUAUUUAGAUGAUAUUGCUACGCCAGUUCUUCAUUGCUUUACUGACCAAGAAUCACGCGUAAGAUAUUAUGCGUGUGAAAGCAUGUAUAAUAUUGCAAAAGUUUCUAAAGGCGAGAUUUUGAGAUAUUUUAAUGAGAUUUUUGAUGCAAUGAGUAAGCUAGCCGCAGAUGCUGACUUACCAGUGAAAAAUGGAACAGAACUAUUGGAUAGGUUAAUUAAAGAUAUUGCAGCAGAACAAUCAACCACAUAUGUUUCAGUUUUAGAUGCCCCAAGCCUUGUUUCAAAUGACGAUCAAGAUUUUUCAACGGAUCCAAUGAAUAUCCCAAGAACCACAGCAUUUUCAUUACCAAAAUUUAUUCCAUUGUUGGCUGAACGUAUUCGUGUUAAAAAUCCAUUCACACGAUUGUUUUUAGUUUCAUGGAUUACAGUAUUAGACUCAAUACCAGAUCUUGAAUUGGUUUCUUUUUUACCAGAUUUUUUAGAUGGACUAAUAAAUUUUUUGAGUGAUCCCAAUGAAGCUGUGUGUGUUUCAACUUCCAACGUCUUGGCAAAUUUUUUAACAGAAAUACGUGAAGCUGUUGAGGUUAAAGAACAGCAAAAACAACAAGCUAUGAAAAUCUUUUAUGUUGAACAACAACGAAAAUUUGCAAAUUUAUCUGAAAAUAAUAGUGAAACAGGCGAUAGCUUGAAAGAUGGUACUGUUACUAAUAGCAGCGUUGAUGAUGAUAACUCUACUUUGGUUAAAUCAGUUGAUGCUGGUGAUGCCUUUUGGGAUUCUAUAUCUAUAAGUGAGAUGGAGGGUAAAGGUAAAGGAACCUGGGUCCCAGGUCAAAGUGUAGAAAUCAAUUUUACCAGAAUUAUUGAAAUUUUAAUGCCACAUUUAAGUUCCUCAGUUGAACAAAUUCAAGAAACAGCAUUGAAAUGGAUAAAUGAAUUUAUUAAUAUUGCUAAAGAAGUGGUCAUCAGCUUUACACCUCAAUUAAUAAAUGUAAAAAUUGAUUCAAGUAGUGUUGUAGAUACGUCACCUUUAAUAGAGGAGGAAGUUGAUCCUUUUGAUUAUCGAUCAACAGUUAGAUCAUUGGUGGAUCAAUUUAUUAACAGCCAUGAAGAAACAAGAAUUGCAAGUUUAGAUUUGUUGAUAAUGCUUCAUAAAAAAGCGCCCAAAAAGAUACUUGCUUUUGAUGAUGGGUAUUUUCCAAAUCUAUUGGAACUUCUCUUAGAUCCAUCAGAAGAAGUUGCAAAACGUGAUCUUCAGCUUCUUGCACAAUUAUCUUCAAGUUCUCAAGAUGAAUAUUUUCCAAAGUUUAUGGUUGACUUGUUGAAAUUGUUUGCUACUGAUCGCAAAUUAUUAGAAAACAGAGGAAGUCUAAUUAUUCGGCAUUUAUGUCUGAGUCUUAAUUCAGAAAGGAUAUACAUGAGUUUUGCUGAGAUUUUGGAAAAAGAAGAGGAUAUAGAAUUUGCUUCAAAUAUGGUACAAAAUCUCAACAGUAUACUUAUAACGUCACCAGAACUUUCAGAUUUAAGAAGAAGAUUAAAACACUUGGAGGCAAAGGAUGGACAAAUGUUAUUUACAGCAUUAUAUAAAUCAUGUGCUGAAAUAGAAAUCACCGUUAAUUUGUUGAUUCAAGUUGAUAAACUUGUUCAAUUAUUGGAAUCACCAGUUUUUACCUAUCUCAGAUUACAACUACUUGAACCAGACAAAUACCCACAUUUGGUAAAAUGUUUAUAUGGAUUAUUGAUGUUAUUACCACAAAGUAGUGCAUUUGCAAGUUUAAAAAAUAGGUUGACAAGUGUCAGUUCUAUGGGAUUUUUGCAUUUAAUGCCAAAAAGUCCAAAUGAUUCAAAAAAAUCAAUUAGUAAAUUAUUAUCAUCAAGAGAUGAAGGAAUUAGGUUUCAAGAUUUGUUGACGCAUUUCAAAACGGUUCAAACAAAACAUGAAACAGUUCGUAAACAAGUGAGCAAUGCCAGUUAUGCUAAUCGUACAGAUAAUCCAAGCAUACUAGAAACAACCUCCACUACAAGUGAAGAUGUAAACUAUGGUGAUAAUGAUGAUAAUAGUGACGAAAAACAUUGGUAUCUUUAUGUGUUGGACCAUCCUUAUGACGGCAUAUACAGAUGCAAUCAUUUGUUGUCAGCAGAUCUAGACAACUUGACUUAUUUAGAUUCUUGUGAUUUUUCAUCAAUUACAAAUAAAGAUACAAAGGAUUAUGGAAUUUUAGAUAGCGAUAAAAAUUCCAAGCUUGGAGUUUAUCAAGCCCACUUCCAUAUUGAUCAAAAUGGUCUCCAUGGACCUGGAUCAAAAAGUCAAGUAUCCAUUGAAAAAACUGGAUACAUAAGAGGCGUUGUCUUUUAA